AUGGCGUCUCCUAGACUCCCGUUUCUAUACCCAAACCUGAUGCGCGCAGUCAAGUCCUGCGAGCCCUCUACGUAUCGCUCCUUCCACGUUUCCUCGAAUGCCCGACCUCGCCGGUCUUCUCGAGCCCCCUUCCAUACCACCCGACGACACGCUCAAGGCUCAAUCCAACGGCGGUAUGGCCCGGCUGUUGAACCCAAUGUACCUCCCCCGUCUCGACCAAAGGACGAGUCCGCCGCAAACCAGGAACCUGAAUCUCCACCACCGGAGAAGAAGAGCGAUGCGAAUUCCCCACCGGAACAGUCACAGUCACAAUCGCAGUCUCGCGACGCAGCCGAAAAAGCAUCAGUGGAGCCCUCCCAGCUAGAAUCCGAGAAGGCGACACAGUCAGCCGAACGCAAGGAGCCAGAUGAGCAACAAGUCGAACCCGAAGAAGAGGAGGAAGAGGACCGCCCAGAGCCGGAAGUUCUCGAAGCGAAGCAACAAACUCCCUCCGAUUCCAAAGAACCUCAAUCUGAAGAGCGACGCAAUGCUCCGACUUUCGACGGGAACCCGCUAGACGGAGUUCUACAUAUGCCCUCGCCGUCAGCGUACCUCACACCCACAGCCUCGCCGCCUCAACAGCCCCCGCAUAUGGCCCCGCCGCCAUACGUGCACCAUUUCGAUACGUAUAGUCUUGUGCAGGAUCUUGCGACUGGCGGGUUUUCGGACAAGCACUCUGUGACGAUCAUGAAAGCAGUGCGGGCAAUAUUGCAGAAUAAUCUCGACUUCGCGAAGCAAAACCUCACUUCGAAAUCCGAUGUUGAGAAUGAGACGUACCUUUUCAAGGCAGCUUGCUCGGAGUUACAAUCUAGCUUGCAGACGGCCAGGAAUUCGGAGGUUCAGCGGCAGCGGGCCUCGCGAACAUCGUUACAGCAUGAAUCCGAUAUCCUUUCGCAGCGGACGAACCAGGAACUUUCUGGAUUGAAGGAUGACAUUAAGGGGAUGUUCAAUGACCACAAGAUGACGGUUCGUGAAUUACAACGGAGCAUUGAUACAUCGGUGCAGGAGCUCAAUUAUAAGAUCACCGUUUCGUUGAACAGUGAUAGUAAGAGUGAGAUUGAGGGUCUGCGGUGGAUCCUUACGCGGAGGGCGGCAUUGGCAAUUGCCACGAGUGCUUUUAUGAUUCUCCUCUUCCUUCGAUACUCAUCCACUCAGCGAGCCCAGAAUACCCCUGAGAAGAAGGAGACGCCUCCAAAGGAAACAACAGAAGCCCAAAAAGCCUCUGAAAAGUCGCACCAGUCUCAAGAUGCGGUUCCCGUGGCCCAUCUGAGCGAAUCUCUAGGUUGA